UGUCCCUCCGGAAGAAAAGUAGUCGUGGGUGAUGGUGGCUGUGGGAAAACCUGUCUUUUGAUUGCAUUUGCCAAUGACAAGUUCUAUGAAGAGUAUAUAUUUGCUGACUUCGAAACUUAUGCAGCAGAUAUUGAAGUUGACGGUAAAAAUAUAGAAUUGUUUCUGUGGGACACUUCCGGACAAGAGGAGUAUAAUCAUCUAAGACCCAUCCAAUAUUCAGCAGCAGACGUUGUUUUGAUCUGCUUUUCUGUAGCACGGAGGGUUUCUUUGGAAAAUGUUUCCGCUCUGUGGUGGCUUGAAGUGAAACACUUUUGCCCGAAUGUGCCCAUUUUGCUAAUUGGUACCAAAAGUGACUUAAGGGAAGAUAGAAAAGAACUGGAAAAGUUUGCGAAGGUGAAGGAGAGACCAGUGACAAGCAAAGACGCGGAAACGGUUGCCAAGAGAAUAGAAGCAGUAACAUAUCUUGAGUGUUCUGCAAAGACUAGAUCCAAUGUUCACGCUGUGUUUGCGGAAGCAGCUAAAGCUAUGAUUAGUGAAAAGAGGAAAAGGAAGAAAUAUAAUUGUGUAUUAAUUUAAUUUUAAAAAUGACAAAUAUGUUUAGUGGUAUAAAAAAUAAC